GAGCAGGUUGCCAUUUCCUACUCCAGGGUAUCUUCUCAACCCGGGGACAAGUACCUUAUUUGUUUAUCUAUUUCUCUAGUAAUGGUAAAAUGCUUCUCCCUGGGCAGGUGCCAGUGUGCCCACCCUCAUUUUUUUUUAUGAGAUGAAUGUGUUGAGAAGACUGUGCACUGUGUGAAAAUUAAUAAAGGGAAACUGAUAGUACAAUCCCAGCAUCAAGAGGCAUACUGGGAAUUUCUGGCAGAAAGUGACAACACUACUGCAAACAGGAGGCAAAAAAGAACUUAUCCUAGUGAAAGUGACAAUACUACUGCAAACAGAAAGCAAAAAGGAUCUUCUCCUCCUUUGGCAACAGCUCAGCCAAUGAGAGACUAACAACUCAACCAAUGAAAAGCCAUUAUGCUUCCAACGCCUAGUGUCUUCCAGUGAAUUUUUUUGCUUAUAAUAGCCCCACCCAACUUUCCCUUCUCCUCUAUGAAAAGAGUCCCUUCUUUACUGAGCAGGACUUGUUAAGUGGUUUGGUGAAGUUGCAUAGCCUGAAUUGCAGUUCUUUGCUGCUCCAAAAUAAACCGGUUUUGCUAGUAAAAAAGCGACCAUUUUACUGUUUUAACUUUACACGGAGGUUUCCACGGAGGUUUCACGGAGAUCCAGAGAAGACCUUCUAACAACUCCAAGGCUGCUGAGCAAACAAGUGCCGCAACUCAUAGAAUCCACUGGGCUCAUUACUUUCUUGCCAUCCUGGCAGUUUGAGGUGUACUCUUGGGAGAUGAAGACCUUAAGUAUCACACCUUUCAACCUAGAGAUUUCAUCUAUUGGAAAAGACACCUCAAGAAGGACUCUCUUCAGCCUCCCUGGAAAGGCCCCAGCUGCUGCUAACCUCCCCUUGUGCUGCCAAACUCCAGAGAACAGACUCUUGGAUUCAUGUAACACAUCUAAAGACAGCACCAGACCCUGACUGGACCUGCACACCAUCUGGUGACCUGAAGGCCUGUGUGUGCACCUCAUCCCCCGCAGCCAUGGCCCUGGUCAGCAUCAACCAGCUGCCCGAGAACAUCCUGCUGGAGGUGUUCACGCAUGUGCCCGCCCGCCAGCUGCUGCGGAACUGCCGCCCGGUGUGCUGCCUCUGGCGCGACCUCAUUGACCUCGUGUCCCUCUGGAAGCGCAAGUGCCUGUGGGAGGGCUACGUCACCGAGGACUGGGACCAGCCUGUGGCUGACUGGAAGGUCUUCUACUUUCUGUGCAGUCUCCGCAGGAACCUGCUGCGCAACCCGUGUGCUGAAGAGGAUAUGAGAUCCUGGAAAAUCGACUCCAACGGAGGGGACCAGUGGAAGGUGGAGAGCCUCCCUGGAGCACAUGGCAUAGACUUUCCUGACUCCAAAGUCAAGAAAUACUUUGUCACAUCCUAUGACAUGUGUCUCAAGUCCCAGCUGAUAGACCUCAAAGCCGAGGGCUACUGGGAGGAGCUACUGGACAAGUUCCGGCCGGACAUCGUGGUUAAGGACUGGUUCGCCGCCAGAGCAGACUGCGGCUGCACCUACCACAUCCGAGUACAGCUGACCUCAGCCGACUACCUCGUCCUGGCCUCCUUCGAGCCCCCACCCGUGACCAUCCACCAGUGGAAUGAUGCCAAGUGGACAGAGGUUUCCCACACCUUCUCGGAUUACCCUCCAGGUGUCCGCCACAUCCUCUUUCAGCAUGGGGGCAAGGACACCCAGUUCUGGGCAGGCUGGUAUGGGCCCCGCGUCACCAACAGCAGCGUCGUCAUCAGCCACAGGGUGACCAGGAACCCGCCCCCCGCCAUGGCGCAGCCCUAGACCUUGCAGAGGCCAGAGGAGGCACCCCACCUGCCCUCCACACUCCAUCUCCACAAGCCAUCUGACUGUCCUCUGACAGCCAUCCAUCCGUCCUCUGCCUGGGCCAGUUGAGUGCUAAAGGUCCCCUGCAGGCAAGAGCUGAGCCUGUAGGGGGCAGCCCCCGCUCUGACCUGGGGCAAACCCAGCUUGUGAACUUACUGUCAGGUAGCUCGGACUUUUUUGUUGUAAUAAAUGUUUUCAGCAAAA